AUGACAGACCAAAUCAAUGCCUGCACUGAAGCUCAAGCUGAAGUGUCUAAUUUGCUUUCCUUUCUGCUGGGAACCGGCUACUCCGGACGCAAAGCCGUCAUCGUGAAGAACAUUGACGAUGGCACCUCAGACCGCCCUUACAGCCAUGCCCUGGUGGCUGGAAUUGACCGAUAUCCCCGAAAAGUGACAGCUGCCAUGGGCAAGAAGAAAAUCGCCAAGCGAUCAAAGAUCAAGUCUUUUGUGAAAGUUUAUAACUACAACCACCUCAUGCCCACAAGGUACUCUGUGGACAUCCCCUUGGACAAAACUGUUGUCAACAAGGAUGUCUUUAGAGACCCAGCUCUGAAACGCAAGGCGAGGAGGGAAGCCAAGGUCAAGUUUGAGGAACGAUACAAGACAGGGAAGAACAAAUGGUUUUUCCAGAAGCUUCGCUUUUAGGUAUAUUUUUGUUUCCAUCAUUAAAAGUU